AUGUACGUAGAGUUCAUGCAAAAGUACAAGGAACUGCGACAUAUGAUGCUUGCACCAGCGCCAGCUGAGCCACAACGAGGUACCUGUUACCUGCCGCAUCACGGGGUCCUGCGUCCGGACAGCACUUCCACUAAGCUGAGGGUCGUGUUCAACGGCUCGAGCUCCUUGCCGAACGGGGACUCUCUCAACCAAUUUCUUCUGACUGGACCGAAUCUGCUUCCUGCGCUGGCUGACAUCCUGCUGCGUUGGCGACGCCACAGAUACGUCUUCGCUGCCGAUAUCGAAAAGAUGUAUCGGCAGAUCCUAGUGCAUCCGGACGAUCGAAGCCUGCAGCGAAUCCUGUGGAGAGACUCUAAGAACGACGUCCAGGAGUUCUGGCUAUGCACGGUCACUUACGGGCUCUCAUGCGCCCCGUAUCUGGCCAUCCGUACCUUACGCCAACUCGCCGAGGACGAAGAGCAUCGCUUUCCGAAAGGCGCCGACAUCCUGCGGAGCGAUGUCUACAUGGAUGACAUCCUGUCCGGUGCCGAGAAUCAAGAGGAAGCAGAAUCUAUGGUGAGGCAGCUGACAAAUAUAUGCACGGCGGGCGGGUUCACACUAAAAAAGUGGUCUACAAACGCCUCCUACCUGCUGAGCCUCGUGGAACCGGACGCGCGCCUGCAACAAGAGGCCAGAUGGUGGCUGCCCGGCGAGAGUCAUUCCACUCUCGGCCUUCGAUGGCAACCGUGCGACGACCGCUUCGCCUUCGCCACCCACCGGAUCACUCUCUCAGCGGUCACCAAAAGGUCGGUCCUUUCUUUGACGGCCAAAUUAUUCGAUCCACUCGGCUGGCUGUCUCCAACGACUGUGCUGGCCAAAAUCAACAUCCAGGCUACCUGGCUACUAGGUCUCGACUGGGACGCGUCUCUGCCAAGCGAGGAAGCCAGAAAAUGGCUGCGAUUCCAGGAGGAGCUAGCGGCAUUGGAGAAACUAGUCGUGCCUUGUUGGUUAGGAGCCCUAGCUGACUCCCAUCAAGAGGUUCACGGAUUUGCCGAUGCCUCCGAACGUGCCUACGCCGCAGUCAUCUACCUGCGAACAAACACAAACGGAGUUAGGAGAGUGACUUUAUUAGCUGCGAAGACCAAGCUCGAUUGGUCGCCCACGUCGUGCCUCUUAUUGGCGCAGAAAAGGCGCCUCUCCAUCUGUGGUCGGAUUCCACCGUGA